GUGUUUCUGUGUGCGCGCGUGUGUGUGUUGAACUGAGCGGAGGUGAAGAAGAGGAGGAUGAAGCUGGGAGCGGAGGAUGGGAGGAAGAGUGGAGUAAGAGACAGGCUAGCUGUGUGUGAAUGAGUGAGUGAGUGAGGAAGAGGAGAGGAAGGUCGUCGGAGGGACCGAAAACAAAGACUUGAAUAUUUCGGGGAUCUCCUCCGGAACAUUCAGACGGAAACUUUCAACUUUUUACCCGCCACAUCUCGGCUUGUUGUGUCCGGAGCCGGCUUUGUUUCGCGGCGGGGGAAGUCUACGAUAAAUGAAGGAAUAAAACAGAUCCCAGUCGAGCUGUUUCUACCCACGCGGGGAAUACCCUGGGACUGCUUUUGAUAGAGGUUACGAGAGAAUGGCGGCCAACAUGUACCGAGUGGGAGAUUACGUGUACUUUGAGAAUUCCUCCAGCAACCCUUACCUGAUCCGCAGAAUAGAAGAACUUAACAAGACAGCCAAUGGGAACGUGGAGGCGAAGGUGGUGUGUCUGUUCAGGAGGCGAGACAUCUCAGGCAACCUCAACACUCUGGCUGACAGCAACGCAAGAGAAUUUGAGGAGGAGUCGAAGCAGCCGACACCAUCUGAACAACAGAAACACCAGCUCAAACACAGAGAACUCUUCCUGUCCCGACAGUUUGAAUCUCUACCUGCGACUCACAUACGGGGGAAAUGUAAUGUCACCCUCCUCAAUGAAACAGACGUCCUGGCCGGCUACCUGGAGAAAGAGGACUGUUUCUUCUACUCGUUGGUGUUCGACCCAGUGCAGAAGACCCUACUGGCGGACCAGGGCGAGAUCCGGGUGGGCUCUAAGUACCAGGCAGAGAUCCCUGACAAGCUAGCAGAGGGUGAAUCAGACAACCGGAUCCAGGAGAAGCUGGAGACCAAGGUGUGGGACCCCACCAACCAGCUCAAAGACCCUCAGAUCGACCAGUUCCUAGUGGUGGCAAGAGCUGUGGGAACCUUCGCUAGAGCUCUGGACUGCAGCAGCUCCAUCCGCCAGCCGAGCCUGCAUAUGAGUGCAGCUGCAGCCUCCAGAGACAUCACACUGUUCCAUGCUAUGGACACAUUGCAGAAGAACAACUAUGACUUGGCCAAAGCCAUGUCCACCCUGGUUCCUCAGGGGGGGCCGGUGCUCUGCCGUGAUGAGAUGGAGGAGUGGAGCGCCUCAGAGGCCAUGCUGUUUGAGGAGGCUCUGGAGAAAUAUGGCAAAGACUUCAACGACAUCCGCCAGGACUUUCUGCCCUGGAAGUCUCUAGCCAGUGUAGUCCAGUUCUACUACAUGUGGAAAACUACCGACCGCUACAUCCAGCAGAAACGACUAAAGGCAGCAGAGGCAGACAGCAAGCUGAAGCAGGUGUACAUCCCCACCUACACCAAACCCAACCCCAACCAGAUCAUGGUGCCAGGCAGCAAGCCCGGUAUGAACGGAGCAGCAGGCUUUCAGAAAGGACUCAGCUGUGAGAGCUGCCACACGGCCCAGUCUCCUCAGUGGUAUGCCUGGGGGCCUCCCAACAUGCAGUGCAGACUGUGCGCCUCCUGCUGGAUCUACUGGAAGAAGUAUGGAGGCCUGAAGACCCCCACACAGCUAGAGGGUGCUGCUCGAGCUGGCUCGGAGUCAGGCCCCCGCGGUCACAUGACACGCCAGGAGGUCCAGGGCCUGUCGCCAUUCACCCGCAACGAGGGUCGAGCCAAGCUGCUCGCCAAGAACCGUCAGACGUUCAUCCUGCAGACCACCAAGCUGACCCGCAUCGCUCGGCGGGUGUGUGAGGACAUCCUGCAGCCUCGCCGCGCCGCACGCCGGCCCUACGCCUCCAUCAACGCCAACGCUGUCAAAGCUGAGUGUAUAAUCAGGCUGCCCAAAGCCACAAAAACUCCUCUAAAGACCAAGCUGGUGCCUCGACAGUCUCUGGCCAACAUAGUGAAGGAUUUAGCCAUCUCAGCUCCUCUGAAACUGAAGGCGUCUAGAGGACCCCCGACACCCAUCAACAGGAACCAGGCCAGCCAACCCCGUGUGGGCCAAAGCCUGCUGGGAAAGAGAGGCUUCGACAGCGCUACAGGCGUGCCCUACCCAGCCAAUGGGAGGCCGUAUACUUCAGGUAUGAGGACCACCUCUCAGUCGGUCAUCAAGCGGCAGAAGGUCAGCCAGGGCGAGGCCCCCAACCCGGUGGUGUUUGUGGCUACGAAGGACACCAGGGCUCUGAGGAAACAUCUGACUCAGUCAGAGAUGCGUCGGGCGGCGAGGAAACCUCAUCUCCUGGUCCGGAUCAAACUGCCACCGCCUCCCCGCUCCCUGGCCAUGCCCCUGCUCCCCUCCAGCACCAGCGAACCCAUCGUCCUGGAGGACUGAAGGGGAAGGGCGGGGGGGGGGUCUCUGAACAGGACAUGGGGGUCGGGUGGGAGGUGGGGGGGGGGUCUGUGCUCAGGCCGUCAGUUAACGGGCAGCACAGCACGCCAUACCAGUAGUCUUUUAUUUUCCCUCUUUCCAGUGUCAUCUUUCUUUAGUCCUCUGUUACUUCCCAAACGUGAAUGUGUCCAACACACACACACACACACACACACACACACACACACACACACAGCACUUAGAUGAUGUACAUUUCCAUCAUGUUCAAGUCACACAUCUACACACCGACACUCACACAACACCUUGGGCUUUGUAGUAUUUUUAUUCCCGAAUUAUUUUCGCUCCCCUUUUUCAAACGCCUCCUGUUUUUUAAAUGUGUAAUUUAAAUCAAGAUAUUGAUUCCCAUCCUGAAACAAUGGUGAUAAAGCACACUUUGUUUUUUCCUCCACGUCUCUAUCUUUGUGUAAAUAAACGCACCAUUGAAGGGGUGACGCCCACAGUGUGUGAGGAGGAGAGUGGGGGGGUGGGGGAGGUGGAGCCGGUUGAAGGUCUGAUGUGAUUACAACAUUUCACUCCGUUCCAGCAGGGAAACAUCACACCUUUUGAUCCAUUAACCGCCAUAUUACUUUUCUCCCAGUCUGUCAACUUUUCCCUUCAUCAACCAGGAGCCAGACCCGAGCCUGGCGGCGGCUCAGGGUCUGAGCGAGCACUAAACAACUUGAGUAGUGUCAAAGUGAGUGUUAAUGUGUGUGAUGGUAGGAUGUGGAGUGUAAUCAACAUUUUCACCGGUUGAAACACCUUUAAAAGUAAUAUCCGUUUCAUUUUAAAUCAAUGUGCUGAUUAUCUUCUUAAUCAAUUAACCCAUUGACGCCUAAAACUUCCUGUAAAACCUCUGGGCCAUUUUAAAAUCAGCCCCUAAAACCUGAAGUUUUUCUGGAAAUUCAACAGAAGUGUCAACGCUUCUACUAAAUAAUAGAUUUUUCAGCCUCUGUAGCAGAUAAAAAUGAAAUUCAAAAAGUAUUUGAGAGCUUAUACAAAUACUACAAAACGACGUAUCUGCUUUCCAGGCUUCAAUGGGUUAAGAAACCCCAAGGCAGCCUGUUUAAAUGCAUGAUUUGUCCCCAGUUAUAGUCCAAAAACCGAAAUGAAUACCUAAUGAAUAAUCAGCCAUGUAACAGUUAAAGUAAACAUGGCUCUUACUGGGCUGCAUGAUUAGAUAUGUGACAAUAUUGUUGAAAAUUGCGAUAAUUAACAGAUGUUUGUACAGUAGCUGAGCUUGUUCCACGUUGUUUUAUACACUACUGGGCAAAAGUUUUAGAACACACCAACUUUUCCAGAAUUUCAUUGAAAAUGACGCAGUUUAAUGUCUCAGUGUACUCUGAAAUUAAUGCACAUUUGCAACAUUUAAAAUUCUUUAUUGAGCAUGAUAGUGUUUUGAAAGUUAAAAAAAAGAUUCAACAUCACAUUUUAUGUUGGACUAAAGGACUAAAAAAAGACACAAAAUGAGAAAAAAAGACACCAAAAGACACAAAAUGACUUACAAAGACAUGAAAAGAAUUCAAAAAUGGACAAAUAGCCCAAGACUCCAUAGAGUUAAGUUGUUAACCCAUUUCUUGUUCCCUGAAAAAGGCCUACUUGUAUAAUUCUGAAAUGUACAUUAUUUUUCAGUUUUGGUUAAGCUUACCUUUUUUAUUUACCUCUGGCAGUUCACCACUUACCUUUGUACCCUUUCAAGCUGUUCAUUUGACUUGAACUGCUUGAAUUUCAAUAAAAAACUGGAAAAAUUGGGGUGUUCUAAAACUUUUGACCGGUAGUGUACUUUAUGCAAAAAUAUCACCUGUUGGCUGUUGUGUAUCUAUUGCAUUGCACCAUUUUUGUAAACAAGCAUGACAUUGAGUUGAUGAUAAAUAUUCUGCAGCCCUACACAUGUCAUGUGAAACCUAAAUUAUUGAUAAUCAUUAGUAGGAGGAUAAUCCAGAUCAGUCUUUUAUGUCGUUUUUCACUGUUUGAGCGUCCAUUGGCGCUCUUUUAACCACAUCAAUGUUCUUCUGUUAUGGUUUUCUUAACGGAGAAUUUGCGCCACCUACUGCUUAUCAUAAUGAACAACCCCCCUAUUAUUGAUAUUCAGCUGAUGAUAAUGGAUUAAACCAAACAUUCACUCACAUUAUCUCUUCAAAUGACUCUUCUCAGGUUGUUUUGUGCUCACUUGGUCGUUUUGUUCUGAAUCAACCUCCAUCCUGUCUCCACUUUCACCAGUAACAAUGGUUUCUUCUACAGUUAGAGCCGCAUUUCCUUUUUUGGUCACCUGUCACCUGUCGGCCAUGCUUUUAUAGCCACUUUUAGCCGGUUUGAGAGAAGUUUUUGAGCGUUUGAACAGGCUGCCUGGAAGCAAAGGGGGGGUCAGUAGGUUUACAGUGUAGGAUGGAUUCUAUGUAGUGUUGGAGGAAAGUUUAAUGAUUGUGGUCACCAUGGAUAUGCACUGUGUGACUUGCCAUGAUUAGAGAACACAUUUGGCUUUGAGGUACUAUGUUUGUGUUUGCAAAAGUCCAAAAUGAAGCCAUAGGGUGCACAAAAAGAAGACGAAGGAAGAAAAAAAACAAAAAACGUUGGGCUCAUUGUGACUGGACAUCCUGGUGAUAUUUGAUUAAAGCCACAGCAUUUCUGACAAUGUACUGUUUGGUUGGUUUGAAGGAAACUGACACAACUAUGUUACUGAUCAGCUGAUAAAUAAAAGUCUGUUUAAAAAAAAAAAAAAAAAAAAGCAGCAAUAUGUAAAUGUACGGAAGACAAUUGGGGCCAAAAAUGAAGUUCUGAAAUAAUGUUAAAAGCUGCAAAGAGGGUCUGAGAUUAUAGUUUCAUUCAGAACUUUGUUGGCCCUGUUUUCUUCUGUAAACGUCUGAUGAUGCCGAAUGUUUUUGGGUGUGAUAACAAGUGAAAGGAAUCUUCAGCAGUCUCCUCGUGCUUUCAUUUCCUUUGUUUUACUUCCCCCCCUGUUUGUAUCAUUAUGAAAGGGUGAGUACUAAAAGCAAGUUGUUAAUUGGAUGAUUAUAAUCCCUGUGAGUCCACACAGCAGUGAAGGCUUCCACAGGUUUUAUAAGCAAGUUUGGUCCCAAUGUGGGCUUUGUAAUAUUUCUCGAAAAAAAAAAAAGAAGAAAUUGAAGUGUUGAGUUUGUAGCAAAUACUAAUCUGUGUAAAGACGCGUGGAAAACUGGCAUAUUUUAAACUUUUUUACAUCUAAAGUGUGUAAUUCUGCUCCAUUAUUGUGGAGAUGGCUCUAAUAGGCUACUGUACAUGUGAAACAUUGCUCUCCUUCAUAGGGUGGGUGGGGUGGCCAUUCAAAAGGGACUGGGUGCUGAUUUUUGUAUGAUGGAGAGACAAACAUGCUACAACUGAAACUUUUUCUCAAGUGUUUUUUAUUCCAAUGUCUCUGUAUCCUUUAAUGUAUCUUGAUAAGAAAAGAAAUAAAGAAUUUUUUUUU